AUGCGGAGCAACAGGCGGCUGGCUGCAGGAGGGAGCAGACACGAAGUCGCCCCCGAGUCUUCCUCCCACGCUCCCCGCAGCCCAACAGCCCCACGGCCCACUCCCCUCCUCUAUUUGAAGGCGCUCCUCGCUCCACCUCCCCAGUCGGCGCUGCAGAGGGACGAGAGACGAGAGCCUGAUGCUACAGCGGGGCCACUUUUUCUCCGGCGGUCCCCUCACUACUGCAAAAUGAAGCCUGCGCUUAUCGUGGUUUUUGCUCUUCUUGCAGAAACCGUCGCGCUCCCAGUUGGCAAAGAGGAGCAAAAAGAUGUGGUUGCACGAUGUCUGGUCGAAGUCUUGACCAAAGCGCUGUCCAAGCCGGAUGUUCAUUUGGAUCAGGAAUGCGUAGAUGUUCUCCAAGCAGGUGUCAAAUAUGCCCCAGUGAACAAAGAGACUACGGAGGAAAUCUCUCGUGCGGGAGCCCCUACGGCAAAGACGGCGGACGUCAAAGACAUUGAGGCACUGCUGAAAUCUGUGGAGGAAAAGAGGGAAACCCCUGAAGAUGAGCGGAACCAGGAAUCCUGGAGUCUGAUCGAGAAGCGGGAUGGGGAUCAGGAGGAAGAAAUACGAGAGAAGCGGAGCAGCUGGAGGCCAGGAAGAUUCCACCAGAGGAAGAGCAAACGAGGAGAGGAAGAUUACGACCGCAGUCAGGAGAGCUGGGGAGGCACUGAAAGGAGGUCAGACGACGAAGAAGAGGACGGAGAAAGUGAAGAACGAGACAAGAGGAGCUGGAGGCCCGGAAGGCACUACCAAAGGAAAAGUAAACGGGACGAGGAGGACGGGGGAGAGCCAGAGGAGGAACGCAGUCAAGAGUACUGGGAUGCAGACAAGAGGCUGGAGAACGAGGAGGAGGCGAGAGAAAAGCGCAUAUGGAAACCCACACAUCGCUAUCAUCACAAGAUAAAGAUCCACAGGCGCAGCGACGAACCAUCCGAGGGUGAGGGAUACGAGGACCGCAGCCAGGAAUCCUGGGACGUUGACAAGAGGAGCUGGAAGGCUGGCCGAUUCCACCAGAGGAGAAACAAGCGCGACGAGGAGCUAUCGGAAGAAGCAAGGGAAGAGCCUGAGGAGGACCGAAGCCAGGAACUUUGGGACAUUGACACUGGGAGAGAAAAGAGGGAGUGGAGGGCGGGAAGGUAUCACCAAAGGAGACAGAAGCGAGAUGAGGAGCUUUCGGAGGAGCCAAAGGAAGAACCUAAUGAAAACCGCAGCCAGGAGAAUUGGGAUUUUGACACCGGAAGAGAUAAGAGGGACUGGAGGCCUGGCAGGCAUUCCCAAAGGAGACACAAACGCGAAGACAGGCUUUCAGAGGACGCCAAGGAAGAACCUGACGAGGACCGCAGCCAGGAAUAUUGGGAUUUUGAUACUGGGAGAGAGAAGAGGGACUGGAGACCUGGCAGGCAUUCCCAAAGGAGACACAAACGCGACGAGGAGAUUUCGGAAGAAGCCAGAGACGAGCCCGACGAAGAACGGAGCCAGGAAUACUGGGACUUUGCCACAGAACGAGAUAAGAGGAGCUGGAGGCCCGGCAGGCACCACCAGAGGAAACACAAGCGUGCCGAAGAGCUCGGAGAGGACGGCAGGGAAGAGCCAGAGGAAGAGCGCAGUCAAGAAUAUUGGGAUUUUGACAAGAGAGACGACAAAGAAGAUGUAGAGAUAGAAAAGCGGAUCUGGAAGCCCACACACAGGUACCACCACAAGAAGAGACUUCACAAACGAGGAUCGUCAGAGGAAGAGAUGGAGCCGAGGGGCGACUCGGAAGAGAACACAGACGAGGAAAAGAACAGAGACGAAGCCUUGAGGUACCUAGCUGAGAAACGCAAUCCCUGGAUUUACAGAGGCUAUUACCACCCGGCCUGGUAUAAGAGAGACUCAGAUGAACAUGCUGCAACAUCCGCUAAGAUGGAUGAACUGUCCAAGCUGCUUAGUUAUAAGUUAAACCAGCUGGCUAACCAGUCUGCUAAAGAGGAGGACAAGAGGAGUUCACAGCAGAGAGAGCUUACACCACCGGAGGAGAAACAGCUGGAAAACCUGGCAGCGAUGGACAUGGAGCUGCAGAAAAUCGCAGCCAAGUUGCAUGACAAGACCGCAUAAUCCCAGAGCAUUUAACUACCGUCUGUGAUCCAUGCCAAGUUACUGUGCAUCUACCUAUUUAAUGUGCUUUGUGUUAAAAAAAAAAAGAAAGAAAAAAAUUUGCAAAGCUCACAUCCUACGUGCUUUAUUUGAUGUAUUUGUGAUGUUACGUCGAAAUUAAAACAGCAUGGGAACGGCUUGGAUGUUUAUAUGCGCUUUGUGAUGAUAUGAAAAUAUCAACAGAGACAAAUGAUUUAAAUGUAUUCGACGGCUCUCCUUCUGUUUGCAUUCAAUAAAACAAAGCAAAAUGAUUUA